CGCGUGGCGCAGUCCCUGGGCCCCCGUUGCUGAUUGGCCCGUGGCACAGGCAGCAGCCCGGCAGGCACGCUCCUGGUCCGGGCAGAGCAGAUAAAGCGUGCCAGGGGACACACGAUUAGCAGCUCAGAAAUCCCUCUGGGUCUCACCACUGCACAGAGGCCGAGGACCCCCUCCGAGCUUCUUUGCUGCCUCCAGACGCAAUUUACUCCAGGCGAGGGCGCCUGCAGCUCAGCAAAACUUCGAAGCGAGCAGAGGGGUUCAGCUAUCCACCGCUGCUUGACUCUGACCAACCCGCAGCUCUCUGUUCUUUUGAGCCCGGAGAACUAGGUAACAUUUAGGAACCUCCAAAGGGUAGAAGAGGGGAGUGGGUGGGCGUACUCUAGUCCCGCGUGGAGUGACCUCUAAGUCAGAGACUGUCACACCCCCCUUCCAUUUUUUCCCAACCUCAGGAUGGCGCCUCAUCCCUUGGAUGCGCCCACCAUCCAAGUGUCCCAAGAGACCCAGCAACCCUUUCCCGGAGCCUCGGACCACGAAGUGCUCAGUUCCAAUUCCACCCCACCUAGCCCCACUCUCGUACCGAGGGACUGCUCCGAAGCAGAAGCAGGUGACUGCCGAGGGACAUCGAGGAAGCUCCGUGCGCGGCGCGGAGGGCGCAACAGGCCCAAGAGCGAGUUGGCACUGAGCAAGCAGCGACGAAGCCGGCGCAAGAAGGCCAACGACCGGGAGCGCAACCGCAUGCACAACCUUAACUCCGCGCUGGAUGCGCUGCGCGGUGUCCUGCCCACCUUCCCGGAUGACGCCAAACUUACAAAGAUCGAGACCCUGCGCUUCGCCCACAACUACAUUUGGGCACUGACUCAGACGCUGCGCAUAGCGGACCACAGCUUCUACGGCCCCGAGCCCCCUGUGCCCUGUGGGGAGCUGGGAAGCCCGGGAGGGGGCUCCAGCGGCGACUGGGGCUCUAUCUACUCCCCAGUUUCCCAAGCUGGUAGCCUGAGCCCCACAGCCUCAUUGGAGGAGUUCCCUGGCCUGCAGGUGCCCAGCUCCCCAUCCUGUCUGCUCCCGGGCACCCUGGUGUUCUCAGACUUCUUGUGAAGGGCCCAAACAGGCCCUGGGCGGUGGGCGCUGGCAGAAAGGGAGGGAGUCAGAGCUGUCUGAAAUGGAAGGUAGUGGAGGCACUCGAGCAUCUCGCCCCUUCUGGCUUUCAUUAGUCAGGUCCCUGAUUUAACCAGGAUUCGCACAGUUCCUUGCUGCUGUGCGUGCACAAAGGACAUUGCAGGCUGAUCUCCUCUUAACCCUCCUCAGUGUGGCCACCUCAAACUCCCGCUCCAAGCAGAGGAGAGCCGUAGCACUAAAUAGUUGGGAGACUCCCAUACUUCCUGGUGACUCCGCCCUCUUUCAAAUCUGCGGGCCUCCAACCACCGCUUUCUCCAGAGUGACCUAAUCCAGUGUUGCGUCUUACCUCACUGGCUCUUGUUCCAUA